CAGCCCCGCUACACUCAAUUGCAACAUUGCUUCACCGACGCAAUUCACCCAUCGAACCCGCUUGAACACCAGCAAUUGUCUCUUGCCAUACGAUUGAGUCCCUCGCCCAACCUCACGGCCCGAGAUAGCACACAAGCAUUAGUGUUAUUCAAACGCACAAGCAGAGCGUCAAUCCCACCAUGACCUCCACAACGCCUCAGUACGAGCCUUCGUCAGGCCGCCGCUCUGGCUCGCGCUCUCGACCCCCCUCCCGUUCCCAGACACCUCUCCGGCCCUCCUCGCGGUCCUCCCUCCGAGAGUCGAGUCAGCGCGCUGCGGGACCAUACAAUACUGCUACGCCGCUAGACGCCCUCGAGCCCGCAUUUGCGGACUUGUCAGAUUCAAUGGCCGAUCUGGAGAACAACUUCAUGCAUCUCCAGCUGAUGCACGAGAGCUUGGCGCGGUUCAGUGAGAGCUUUGCGGGAUUCCUCUAUGGGAUGAACAUGAAUGCUUUCUGUGUGGACUUUCCGGAGGCGCCCGUCCCCGAAUCUUUCAAGCAAGCACAGAAACAAGCCGCGCUAAACGCCUCCUUCACCAUGUCAGGGCCUCCUCCGCGUGAACACGAUCCGGAAGCCACCUUCCUGUAAGACCGCCUCCUUAACAUCCCUCCCUACCCCUCUCACCAGUCCAAUCAAUGCCAUUGGAUCGAUCACCAAGAUCUAAUCAGCCGUUCUGGACGCGUCACCACCAUCCCGAGACUGACUUAUCAUAGCACAAACGAUACCUCCUUCGUUG